CCUGGAGUACUUUUUUGGGCAAUUUGAGCUUUCAGUCGAUCUCCGGCAAACCCGGCCGACAUCUGGAGUGUGCUGCCUAGCGUUGGGAAAGCAGUUCUUGUGCCAACGGUUUACUCCCCCAGAGAAACCAGCACUGUGUGUCUGUCAUCAGCUUCCGCCGUGUGUUUGUGGCUCUGGUGAGACAGAACAGGAAGACAGACGGAGAGAGACGUCUGAAGUGAGAGAGGAAACUGCUGUGGCUUCUUCGUUGGCCUCAGAAUGACUGAGUUCUGGGUUUGUUUCAGCUGCUGCAUUGCAGAGCAGCCACAGCCUAAGCGGCGGCGACGGAUCGAUCGCUCCAUGAUCGGGGAGCCGACAAACUUUGUUCACACCACACACGUAGGCUCAGGGGACAUGGGUCUGGGACUGGCAUCAGUGGACCUCGUUCAGGCCCAGAUGAAAUCCAAAGGAGGCUACGUGCACGGAGGGUCCGAAGGUUCUCAGUUGUAACAAGCCCGUCAGUCUUGUGGAAACUACUGUUGUUGAUAUGAGGAAGCAUUUUCAAAAAGCAGUUCUGUCUGUAACGGACACAGGACCAAAAGAUGAAAACUACUGCUUUUCCAUAAUGUUGUAUAUAUAUUUUUAUUUUCCAUUCCUUUUUUUUAUGAAAGCACUGCUAUCCAUUUGCUGCCAUACUGUUGCACUGUAAAGAGUAACUGUUAAAAGUAGAGAAGAGGGUUUAGAAAGCUCAUAAUCUCAGUCAGACGGAUGCUUGUGUGUAUGCAUGAGAAUAUUUUCAAAAAUAUUUGCUGUCGUAGCCCAUUUGGAUGCCUGUAUUUAUUAUCUGAUUUGUUAACGGACCUCAUGGUGGCUGGGCCACGCUGGAGAUUUGGAACAUUCAGUUUCCUUCUUUUAUUCUCAGAGGUUUAUCAAAGGACAGGUAGAGGUAGCAAGGCAAAAAAAGCAAAAUGUUCAUUGUUUUAUUCUGAGAAAUACUCAUUAUUCUCUGAGUUGCUUUCAGGGUUGAAGAUUGCUGUUGUAAUAAACUUGAAAUGAGUAGAGUACACUGGACCAUACAUUGUACACUCACACUUGCUUAGGAAUUUCGCAUUGAUUUCAACUGUUUUUUUUAAUACUCAUUUAGAUUUGAACCAUAAUAGAAUUUUAAUAAACUAUGAACCUCCUAAUCUGCCUUUUGACGUCAUGUUUGUUAAUUUUCCUCAUAGUGUGAUUUUAGCAGCUGCUACUGCAAACGCUGAGCUUUGUAGUUUAAAGAAGAUUUUUUCUUCUUCUUUUUUUCAAAAUCUCGUAUACCAACUAGAGACCAAGAAAUAAAAUUGGAAGUAACCAAAUCAACACUGCAAACAAACGUGGGUCAGGUUGUGUAGAGUUAGGGGUUGUCUUAGCGGUUAGAUCCAACUUGUCAUUGUUGAUUUGUUGUUACCUAAUGUUCACUUGUCAUGACUUUUUAAGACUAUUUGUCUUGGCAUUCAAUCAUUUCAAGGUUAUUUUUGUUGUUUUGGCUGGUUUGUUUGUACACUCACAGUAAAAGCAGAGAUGAUUUGGUCCUUCCAGAGGUCUUGGUAGUUUGACGUUUCUUUGAAAACUCGCAUCAUUGACUGUCGGACUUCUUAAAGUUAGAAAAAUGCCACUAAAUGGGAUUCAACCUAAUCUGACCCACCUUUUGUAUCAGUGUUAAAAAGAUUAAUAUUAUACAUUAUUUUGCCAAAAACCAACAAAAUGGACAUUAAACCCAACUAUUCCUCCGUUUCCUGUUUUUAUGUAAAAUGUAUCCACCUUCUCACAGCAGAUUUUAUAUUUUACAUUUUAUACAUGUUUCCUCUCUUAGGGAAAAGCAAAUGCAGUUCUUUCUUAUUGGCUGUUUUCUGCUGUUAUCAGUCUCGUCAGACUCAAGCUCACGUUCUCCUUGUUAUUGAAUGCUGCUGAAAUGACAGCAGAAACCUGACCGACUGGUACGUUUUCGUCCCUCAGUAUUGUCGCACGUUGUCCAAAUUUCUCAACCAGGCCCGGUGGAAGAAGGCCUUACUCAAAUCUUUGCAGGCAGUGACAGCAGCAGCAGCAGUAUGAAUGUUACAUAUAAUGUAUGGCCUCACUUAAUUGGGGUGUUUACCGUGUACACACUGCUCAUCGCCACUAACAGUGAAUAUUGAUGAGCGGGCCUGGAUCUGUUAUUGCAUGUGAUUGUGUUUCCUCCAUGUGCAUCCUGUGUGUGAGUAUGUCUACAACAGAAUGUGUUUGUAUUACAAAGUCAACAAUAAAAGUAUGUAGAUUAAUGUUAAAAGAGCUUUUUAUGAUACAAAAAUGAAAUCAUUGGUGUUACCAAGGCAAUGUGAUAUACCUGAUAGAGUAUACCUUAUAGGCAUGUAAUAUCUAACAAUUAAUAAGCAGUUCAGAGUGGAGAGAGGUUUAAUCAGAUCAUUUAAAACUGAAAAGGUUUCUCAGUGAGUGCAGACAUUAGGGUUUGAUUCACCAGACGGAAGCUUUACACCCUCUUUGUGGUGACAGCUACUUCCUAUAAUGCUCUGUAAGAGGAAAAUUGACCAGCAUUGCAUUGAUUGUGUUGUCACUCCUCCCAGCAUCGCGCAAAGGGACCCCUUGAAACUGUAAAACAUUCACUGACAGACGUUAUCAUUCAUCAGGCGACAUUAUUGUAACUCAUUCAUUCCUGUUAAAAGUUUUUGGAGUAAUUUCUGUGUGAAAAGUGAUCCUCCAUUUGUUUGUUUUGUUUCCCCUCUGAGAUCAACGCUAUAUUGUCAAGACCUACUGGGGUUGCAGUAUAUUGUGUGACCAGCAGGCUGUGCUAGUGGAGUGAUUGAAUGUGGUUUAAAAAAAUGUUUCCUCAUCACAACACUCUGUGAUAGGACUUAUUGUAUGAUGGUGUAAAUACAUAGCAAAAAAAAAAAAUUAAUGAAUCCAUGGUUUAUAUGUAUUCAGGUUUAAACAUAUUUUUGGUUACUUUUUUGUAUAACAUUGCUGGAAAGGCAGAAUUGGAGCAGUGGUUUGUUUUUGUGUCAUUUGUUUCUCUGAGGAUCUGCCUGACAUGUAGUUCCCACUUUUAGGGAAAUCCAUCUGUCUUUUAUCUGCAUUUUUCAGAAUAAGCAAUGAAAAAUAAAUGUCAUCUGUUGA